CCUCCUCUUCCCAUUUUUCUCAUCCAAACUUGUACUUUUUCUUCCUUCAUUCUUACAAGAACAAGAACAAUGCAUUACCAAGUGGAGUCUCCUUCUGCUGCUGCUGCUGCAUGGAGCUACCUGAUGAGGGUUCGGAGCAUGGAAGAGGAUCAGAUGGAGAGAGUGGUGAGGUUGGCCUCUCAGAGUGCUGUGGUGAUUUUCAGUGUGAGUAGCUGUUGCAUGUGCCAUGCAAUGAAGACGCUCUUCUGUGGCAUGGGGGUUAACCCCACUGUUCAUGAGCUCGACCAAGACCCCAAAGGAAAAGACAUGGAGAGAGCACUGAUGAGGCUUCUUGGAAAUGGAAUCAACACCACUGCUGCAACUGUUCCUGUCGUCUUCAUUGGAGGAAAACUUGUUGGCUCCAUGGACAGGGUUCUGGCCUUCCACAUCAGUGGCACCCUUGUCCCUCUUCUCAAACAAGCUGGAGCUUUGUGGCUUUGAAACACUUUCUUUUUACUCAAGACAUUGUUAUAUCAAUACAUCAGAUUUUAUAUCAGAAAACCACCAAAAAUUUUAACCUCUCAAUUUUCCUCGUUUGCCUCUUGUAGUUUCUGCUUUGUGCGUGCUUUGUAGUUUGUAUAAAGAAGCACAUGUAUUAUGGAAAUGAACAACAACUUCUACUCAAA